ACAAAAGAUCUGAUGGCCACUUCUCAAAUAUUGAUGUGUUUUGUUAUUCUUUUAUUUUCACUUUGUGUGGAUACAACAUCAGAAAGAACAGAGGGAAGAGCCCUUCUCAAGUGGAAGAACACCUUAUCCAAUAUCCAUGUUCUUCAUUCAUGGUCUAUUGUUAAUCUUGACAACAUUUGCUGGAAUUGGACUGGCAUCAGCUGCAACAAUGUCGGAGAUGUUUAUAAGAUAAAGUUGGUUAACUUCAGCCUCUCAGGUACCCUUGAAAGCUUUGAUUUCAUUUCAUUUCCAAACCUCACCCAUUUUAGCCUCCAUAAUAACAGUUUCACUGGAUCAAUUCCAUAUGCCAUUGCUAACCUUUCCCAGUUAAAUUUCUUGGACCUCAGUUUGAACCGUUUUGUGAAUUUUAUACCACCAGAGAUAGGAAGAUUAAGAAAUCUUCAGUUCUUGAGCCUUGGAUUUAACAAUCUUGAUGGUAUUAUUCCUUUCCAAAUAAGCCACCUUCGAAACCUUACUUCCCUUUCCUUAUCUUUCAAUUCUUUGACUGGUGAAAUUCCAGAAUCAAUAUUCUCUAGUAUCACCAACCUUCAAACUUUUGAUUGUAGAGGAAAUCUUUUCCAUGGCCCAGUUCCAACAAGUUUUAUCAAGCUGUCCAAGCUUAAAAUACUUGACCUACGUGCAAACAAUUUCUAUGGCUCAAUACCUCCUACAUUUGGAAAUUUAAGCUCACUAACCAAUCUUCAUCUCAGCUCCAACAUGUUGCAAGGAAAUAUUCCCGAAGCACUAUGCAAUCUUCACUCCCUUACCACUCUUUAUUUAUUUAACAAUAAUUUUAGUGGCCCGAUACCUCAGUGCCUGGGAAAUAUAACCUCUUUAAGACGUCUUUCUCUCGAUUCCAAUGAGAUGCAUGGGAAUCUAUAUAGAACACUGUGCAAUUUUCACUCCCUUGAAACUCUUUAUAUAUAUAACAGUUGUUUGGGUAAUCUAGUUUCACAUUGCUUGGGGAAUCUAACCUCAUUAAGACGUCUUUCUCUCCAUUCCAACACGAAUCAAGUUAGUAUUCCCGACACACUUUGCAAUCUUCACUCCCUUGAAACUCUAUAUUUGUCUUUCAACAGUUUGACAGAUCCAUUUCCACAGUGUUUGGGGAAUAUAACUUCAUUAAGAUAUCUUUCUCUCAGUUCUAACAGUGUGCAAGGAAAUAUUCCAGUAACACUUUGCAAUCUUCGCUCCCUUGAGAGUUUACUUUUGUCCUUCAAUAAUUUGGGAGGGUCAGUUCCACAAUGCCUAGGAAACAUAAGCUCACUUAGCUCUCUUACUCUAGGCUACAAUGCGCUGCAAGGAAAAAUUCCCGAAACACUUUGCACUCUUCAUUCCCUUGAUGUUCUUGAUUUAUAUCUCAAUAGUUUGGGUGGUCCAAUUCCACAAUGCUUGGGAAAUAUAACCUCACUAAAGUAUCUUUCUCUUAGUUCCAACAUGCUCCAAAGAAGUAUUCCCGAUGCCCUAUGCAAUCUUCAUUCCCUUGAGGUUCUCGAUUUAACAAACAACAGUUUGGAUGGUUCAAUUCCACAAUGCUUUGGAAAAUUGAGAAGUUUGAAAACUUUACUUGUUUCUAAAAAUCAGCUUGGAGGAAUGCUACUUCCAACUCCAACACUUCCUAGUUUGAUUUCUGGGAUAGAUACAGGGUUGUGUAGUUUGAGUUCCCUACAAUUUCUUGAUCUGUCAGACAACAAUUUGAACGGUCCACUACCUCUAUGUUUAGAGAGCUUCAGUAGGGAACUUAAGGUUAUAAAUUUAGCUAGAAAUCAAUUUCAAGGAACUAUUCCAAUAGUAUGUAACACAAAGGGAAACAACUUGGAGUAUUUCAAUUUAAAUGACAAUCAAUUGGAAGGGCCAUUGCCUAGAGGCUUGACAAAUUGCAGCCAUCUUAAACUUCUAGAUUUUGGAAACAACAAGUUACAGGAUUCAUUCCCUUAUUGGUUGGAUACUCUUCCAGAUUUGCGUGUUCUUGUGUUGAGAUCUAAUCAAUUUUAUGGUGAAAUAUGUACUUCUAACAACACACUUCCAUUCCCAAAGCUGCAUAUUUUUGAUAUCUCACAUAAUGAGUUUAGUGGUCCUUUGCCAAGAUAUUAUAUGGAGAACUUUGAAGCCAUGAAGCAAGCAAAUGAUGAUGAAAUUUUGUCAACUUAUGAAGCCUCAAUAAGCCUAGUGUGGAAAGGGGUGGAGCUUCAAGUGGUGCACUAUAAUAUCUGGAUAGCCCUUGAUUUAUCCAAUAACAACUUCCACAGCCAGAUUCCCAAUUCUUUAGGAAUGCUACACCUCAUCCAGUAUCUCAAUCUAUCCCACAACCAACUUAUUGGCUAUAUUCCAUCAUCACUAGAAAACCUAACCGUUCUUGAGUCACUUGAUUUGUCAUCAAACAAACUAGUGGGUGAGAUUCCAAGACAACUUCCAAGAUCAUUGACAUUUCUAGCCGUACUGAAUGUGUCUUCUAAUAAUCUUUCUGGACCUAUACCCCGAGGCUUGCAGUUUGACACAUUUAGCAAUGACUCCUAUUUGGAAAACAAAGCUCUUUGUGGAUUACCACUAAUGUUACAAUGCCAUGGCAAGGGUGAAGAGGAAGCACCGGAUGUGAAGGAUUCAGAAGAGCACACGACUGCCGGUGUACAAUACCCAGGGUAG